AUGGACCAGUUGGAGGCGGGGCUGGGCUCGGGGGAGGAGCCUACCCAGCGGUCCCCGCUCCUCCCCCUCCGGCGGAGGGGGCGUUGCCGGACGCGCUCGGAAGAGCCAGGGGGCGGGGCCUUUUUCACGAGCUCGGCCUCGAGCUCGAGCGGCACCAGCGAGGGCGACGAGGACAUCUGGUGGCGCGUGCAGCGGCGCGCGAAGAUACCGAAAGUGCGCAUGCUUCUCCCGGCGCGGCCUAGCCCGGCGCAGGCGCAGAAGCAGACGAAUGCUUUAGAGCGCACGCGCGGAGCGCAGUGGGGGCUACCGGCUCUGGCCGCCAUGGAGCGAAAAGUUCUGGCGCUACAGGCCCGGAAGAAACGGACCAAAGCCAAGAAGGACAAGGCCCAGAAAAAGCCUGAAACUCAACAUCGAGGCCCUGCUACUCAUUCAGAGAAUGAUCUCCCUGAACAAGAGGAGGAAAUCCUGGGAUCAGAUGAUGAUGAACAGGAGGAUCCAAAUGAUUACUGUAAAGGUGGUUAUCAUCUUGUGAAAAUAGGAGAUCUAUUCAAUGGGCGAUACCAUGUGAUCCGGAAACUAGGAUGGGGGCACUUUUCCACGGUGUGGCUAUCUUGGGACAUUCAAGGGAAAAGGUUUGUGGCGAUGAAAGUAGUGAAGAGUGCUGAGCACUACACAGAAACAGCACUGGAUGAAAUCAAACUGCUGAAAUCGGUCCGCAACACUGACCCCAAUGAUCCAAAUAGAGAGAUGGUGGUUCAGUUAUUAGAUGACUUCAAGAUCUCAGGAGUGAAUGGCUCCCAUAUCUGUAUGGUGUUUGAAGUUUUAGGGCAUCAUCUCCUGAAGUGGAUCAUCAAGUCAAAUUACCAGGGCCUUCCACUCCCCUGUGUCAAAAGAAUCAUCCAACAGGUUCUGCAGGGUCUGGAUUACUUGCACACAAAGUGUCGGAUCAUCCAUACAGAUAUUAAACCCGAGAACAUUCUGCUGUGUGUAAAUGACCAGUACAUCCGCAGGCUGGCUGCGGAAGCAACAGAAUGGCAGAGAUCUGGGGCGCCCCCUCCUUCUGGCUCUGCAGUGAGUACUGCACCCCAGCCCAAACCAGCUGACAAAAUGUCAAAGAAUAAGAAAAAAAAAUUGAAGAAAAAGCAGAAACGGCAGGCGGAACUACUGGAGAAGCGAAUGCAGGAGAUAGAGGAGAUGGAGAAGGAGGCAAGCCCUGUACAAACACAGCCUGAAGAGCAGGAAGAAGCUCGGAACCCUCUUGAGAUGCUCUUAAAAGAGAGCCCACCUGAUGAAGGGGUACCAGGAAAGCUGGAUGAAGUUGCCCAUGUACAAGAGCAAACUAUCCUAAUGGAAGGCAGCAUGGAAAAAUGCAUACCAGAAAUCAACUGCAAUGGCGUGGUACAAAUGACUGCCUUCUCAGACUCCAGCAACCAAGGGUCUGGGAGGCUUGAGGAGGACCUUCAUAAUGCCAAUGACUGUGAGGAGCACCCUCUGGCACAGGAAGAGGACGGCUUCCAUAGCUGUAAUUACAGCCAGCGUAACGGAGACUCAGAGAACAGGUCGCGAGAAGUAAUGUCGGACUCAUGCGUGCCCUUAAUUUCUGAGGUGCUAGAUUCCAUGGUAUAUCAGCCAACUUCAAGUGAAGAGCAAUCGUUCAGUGAGCAGGAGAUCAGCCAGUUGCAAGAGAGUAUACGUGCAGAGAUACCCUCAGAGGAUGAGAAUGAGAAUAAUGACCCAUCUGAGAACAAAGGAAAAUCCACCGCUGGGAAUUUUCUCCUUAAUCCCCUUGAGCCCAGGAAUGCAGAUAAGCUCAAAGUGAAGAUAGCUGACCUAGGAAAUGCCUGCUGGGUGCACAAGCACUUCACUGAGGACAUUCAGACAAGGCAGUACCGGUCCCUGGAGGUGCUGAUAGGAUCUGGGUAUAACACCCCUGCUGAUAUUUGGAGCACAGCCUGUAUGGCCUUUGAACUAGCCACAGGAGACUACCUGUUUGAGCCCCACUCUGGAGAAGACUAUUCCCGGGAUGAAGAUCACAUUGCAUUGAUCAUAGAACUUCUGGGGAAAAUACCUCGCAAGCUCAUUGUGGCAGGAAAAUAUUCCAAGGAGUUUUUCACCAAAAAAGGGGAUCUGAAACACAUCACCAAACUGAAGCCCUGGGGCCUUUUUGAAGUUCUGGUGGAGAAAUACGAGUGGUCCCAAGAUGAGGCAGCUGCAUUCACAGACUUCUUAUUACCUAUGUUGGAGCUGAUUCCAGAGAAACGGGCUACAGCAGCUGAGUGUCUCAGGCACCCCUGGCUUAACUCCUAGGUCUUCAACCCAACACCACAGCCCUACACUCUGGUUUACAGCAUAGCAUACGAACAUCCAGCUGUUCCAACUGCCCCUCCCCAGAUCCAUUUUUUUCCUCUUGUUCCUUUUCAGUGUGAAGCUCUUCCUUCAAGGCUUCCGAGAUUUUAGAUAAAUUUAACCUGUUCAGUUGAGUUUGCUUAUUUGAUUAAGCGGAGACUCUUCUCAGCCAGUGGGCAUCCUGUGAAAUUUGCCUUGAUUGGGCUUUGCCAAAGAUUAAUUGACUGACUGGAAUACAAAGUUGCCCCUGAGUCUCUUACCUGUUAGUGUAGGCGUGAGCUGAUCUGCAUUAGUGUGUGCUCCCUUAACUAAAUUACACCCAUGAAAGGGAUAUGAAGAUCUGUGAAUCCAUCCUUAGCUCUCUGACUCCUGGGAGUCAAUUUUCCACUGCACAUCCAGUAGCUAGCAGGAGGAUGAGAAAUGGCAGAUUGGUACCUGGGUGAUAACUCCAUGUGGAACAGAACUUGAAAUCCUCCACCCAUUCCUAGGUGUCUGUUGUGUUUCUUGGGUGACUUCUCACGUUCUUUCCAGUCAAAUAAUUUCUUUAGUUUUAGCCACUGAAUCCUAUGAAAAGCUGUAUUUAAAAAGUAUUUUUAAUACCAUUAUUUUUCCCCAGUGUUCAGAUUAGUUUCUGAAUUCAGUGAAACCUGCUACGCUCCCUCAAAUGCCUGAACCCUGGGACUAAAACGUGACAUGGAAAAUAAAAAAGCAAAAGCUGGAACUGGUUAAAUGCACAAUCUUCAGAAUAGAUGUGUACAUGCUUUGCUGGCAGAAUGGUAGUUGGGCUGCAGGCAACUCUUCCUAGACAUUUGAGUGAGCUGUACAAUUUCCUCACCCCCCACCCCCAUACUGGCACUUCCUUUGCCUUGCCUGAAGUUGUCAUUGCAUCAGUAAGCAGUUGGUAUUCAGUCUGGAAGAUGGGAUGUACUUUCUCUUAUUUUGAUCAUUCUGUUGCGAAGAGGGGCUGGUGGUAUCUGUGUGUCACAGCCACACUGUUCCCUGACUUCGAAACACCACAUUUCCAAAGCUUAGUGUAAAGAUUUCUACUGUUAGCUUGCCUUAGGUGCUGGCCUUUAGAAGUAACUUCCCCAAAUGGGAUUGCCUUUUAUUUUCUGAGACGAUUGAGUACUUGGGGAUUAACACAAGGACAGGUGAACUACAUGGUUUGGCUUUUUCCUGUAGACAUAGGGUCAGCUUCUGUUUCCUAGAAUCACCCCAAAUAUGGUUGUCCCAGGAGAAUAUUAUGUAAAGUUUUUAAACUUCUCAGAGAGGGCUGGGUGUAACAGAGGUUUUUGGGGGCAGUUAUUUUAAUUCAAAGUUAAAGCAUUGUAGUGUUUGCUAGUUUUACGAUGCAUCUCUCCUAGGCUUUCCUAAGUGAUUACAGAUUCAUUGCGUCCUACUCUAAAGCAAGGUUUUGGCAGGGUAGGGACUUGAACAGCCCUUCCUCACCAUGGACCAAACAGGCCUUUGGGAUCAAGAAAUUCUCAGAGGACAGAAGCUGCCUCAGGACUCGAACUCCCAGAAGGCCAAGAAGGCACUAUUUGAGACAGUAACACCAAAGCUGCCAGUGAGGCUGUUACAUGUCACUCGUGUGUGUGUGUGUUUGAAAUCUCAGUUUAUAACAACCUUCCAUCCACAAAAGCUGGUGUCCUUAUUUAAUCCACUUUAAAAGUAUAACCAUCUUGCCCUAUAUUUUCUUGCUUGUCCAGUCUAACACCGACUGGGCCAUUGAUGAAAUCCAUGCUGCAUGUCCAUUUAGGGGUUCUUAAAUCAGGUUCUCUAUGCAUAAUCUAAGAUUAAAGGAAAUAAAUAUACCAAAACAGUUUAAAACUGCUGAAUGAUUUUCCUGGAAUCUGGAAUUCCUUCCCCCCAGCUCCAAGAGUCGCUUCUUUUUCUGUUGCAAAGGGAUUACAGACAGGACUGGACUGUGUAUUACUUACCUUCUGUUUUAAUACUGUGAAGACUUUUUGGCAGGGUGAAUGGAACUUCUGGUGGCAUCACUAGAGCUCACUCCGCCCUGUGCACUUCUGCAACCUGGCUGACCUAAAGGAAUGAGAUACUCAUAGAGGGGUCUGCACAUUGGGUUCUGAGGUAUCCGUUCCCCCAUCACCACCAGAAGAGGACUUUUUCCUCUAUCUCAGUAAAAGAGCCAGCUUGUGGGUUGAAGACACAUAGAGGCAGCUGUCAGGAUUCAGUCUUGUCCCUUGUGCUCGCUCACUUGGGGUUCACUAAACUUCCAAAUUGCCAUAAAGUGCUCACUAAAGGAUUUGUACUUGCUGUGUUCGUCUAAAACCUGAAGGAAAAUACAUUUUUAUUCUUUCUACUUGAGUGCAUUGUCUUUUCUUUGUAAAUGCCGUACAAUAAAACAGAUUAUUUAAUAACCCA